AUGCCGGCCAAAAAGAAGACAAAAAAUCCUCAACCGCACACUCAACCCUUAUCACCUCUGCCGGCACCCUUUCUCGAAGCUCCGCCUUCUUUUGGACAAUCCCACCGCAAUUUGGAGGAGGAAAUUGCCGGCUACCCAGAAGUUCAACGCAACGAGUUUCUGACUACGAGGGCCAUUUAUCCUGACGAGUUUGAGCGUAUUCGCGGGAGGAAGGAUGCCUGGAAGACUCAAGAGAACUUAGCUUUUCAAGUCCGUGUUGGACCACUUGAAGAUCGUAACUACUUCGCCAAGCUCAUCUUCGAAUUCCCGUCCAACUAUCCGAAGGUUCUCCCAAAAAUCGACAUUGUCGAGAUUCAGCCAAAAGACGCUGAAAUCAGAAAACGUGUAGAACACAUCGUUGCAACCUAUCCCAAACAAUACCAGGGAAGUGAGGUCGUCUACGAAGUUAACACCGCCAUCAUGGACUUUCUUGACCAGAAGAGCGCAGACAAAAACGCCAAGAAGGCUGAGUUCAGCCUCGAAGAAGAGCGUGCUCGCCGAGAAGCGCUAGCCCAGAAGCAACUACUGGAGAAAGAAGAAAGUGCCCGUCGCAAACAGGAAGAAGAAGCGGAUCAGAACGAGCAGCAGCUCUUUUCGAAGGUCGAAAGCGAAUAUCAGCGUCGCCAGAAAACGAAUCUGUCCCGGUCGACCACCAGCGAAGAUGGCCCAGAAUUCCACGAUGCACCAGAAGAUGUCAUCCGCUUCGAUCAAACCAUGACCAGCAGAGACACGGCCACCGGUGCGCCCUUCAGAUUCAAGACGGUAUCAGGAAGGAAUGUCAUUUUCAAUCGCAAGGACAAGAAGAUCACCAUCGUAUCCCCACGGGUGGAUGCGACACGGGUUCAAGCUCCACAACUCCUCCUCAAAGAUAUUUAUCUUCCCGAAACCGCCGCGUCGAAACUCCAUAUGCAGAAGUGCAUGGAGACUGUGGAAAUAGACCUCGAGUUUUCCAAGAAUAACCACGAUGACAAUGUUGUCAACCUGAUCAACUACAAGAUUGACCACAUGGUUUUGGAUGAUGGAGCAGGCCGAUGGUCUCUUUCCAUCCUUUCUGAAUACGCUGACAAAGGCUCGCUCGAUCAAUUACUGGAGCUCUCUGGACAACUCAGUCCAGCUAAGCUCCGUGCUUGGACAAGAGAGCUCAUCGAUGCACUCGUGUUCUUCGACAAGCAUGGAUACAUCCAUCCAGCUGUACACGCAGGCAAUGUUAUGCUCUUCCUGUCCCCGAGACGCGGAGUUACAGUCAAGCUCUCCGACGGAUACGGGACGCAGCUUCGAGACCUGGUGCGAGCAGCUCGCGAGAAGUCUCAGAACAAGACGGAUGAUACUCCUCUGUGGCUGGCGCCCGAGCUCAACUUCACAGAGCCAGUACGAACCAGCAAGACAUGUAUCUGGGAGCUGGGUGUCAUUGUGAUGCAGAUGGCUCUAGGAAAGACCGUCAAGUCCAAGUUCACCUCGCCUAUGGACGCUCUCGAGGAAGUGGACUUGACCACCAGUUUUGAGGGGCUCCUAGAAGAGAUGUUCCGAUCAAAUGCCAAUCGCCGCCCCUCGGCUUUUCAACUUAGAAGCAAAAAGUUCUUCUUCGAAGAAGAUGACAAGCUCUUCCGGGCUCGCUCUCAAGUCCUGCCGCUUACGCCCGGCCGUUUGAGGCGGUCCAGCGAUAAACUCGAUGAUUCUAGAUAUCGCAAGGACUGGGAAGAGGCCGCUGUGCUUGGCAAAGGAGGCUAUGGCAAAGUGGUCAUGGCCCGAAACAAGCUGGAUGGCCAGUUUUACGCCAUCAAGCAGAUCAAGAACAAGUCAGUCAAGGACCUCGAAGACAUUCUUCGAGAAGUGGCACUGCUGGCGAAACUCAAUCACCCUAAUAUUGUGAGAUACUACAAUGCGUGGUACGAGAGUGAGCACGACGACCUAGUCGAGGAAGUCCCUCAACGACCGAUUCACAGAUCCCUCGCUCACACCGGCCCCGUUAGUGUAGGACACGAUUUUAUGGAGCCUUCCGUUUAUGCCAAUCAGGGAGCAGAAUUUAGCGACUCCGAUGAUGGUGGGGGUAUGUUCGCCUACCAGGAUCCGCCUUCGAUCAAUGAGCAGGACGGGUACGAUGAUGAUGAAGAUCCAUUUGAGAGCGAUCCUGAGCCACAGAGGGAGGAAACCGAAGAAGGAACAGACCCAUUCGAGCGCAGCAACGCACCAGGGCAGGAGCUCGACAGCGACGACAAUCCUUUCGUCAGCCAGGAUUCACCAGUCAAGUCUGUCUCUUUCAUUCCUGAUAAAUCGCGUCUGAUACAACGGAACGAGCGCUCCAUGCUCUACAUUCAGAUGGAACUCUGCGAAGGCCAAACGCUCCGCACUCGGAUCAUGGCUGGUUUGCCUAAAGAUGUUGAAGCUGGCUGGCGAUUAUUCCGGCGCAUUCUCGAAGGACUUGCAUACAUUCACAGUAACGGAGUCGUGCAUAGAGAUCUCAAACCGGAGAAUAUCUUCCUUGACGCGCACGACAUACCCAAAAUUGGCGACUUUGGACUCGCUGGCUACGGACAAGCUACCUCGCGGGAGGGUCACCAGAAACCUGCCAUGACCACAACCAGAGCAUCUUAUGAGAUUGGUACAUUGGGAUAUAUGGCACCGGAGCUUGCGAAGGCGAACAGCAGCUAUGAUUCUCGAGCAGACAUGUACUCUCUUGGGGUCACAUUCUUUGAGAUGUGUUUUGCUCUGGCCACUGGUAGCGAGAGACGGCAUUGGCUUAUGGAGGCGUUGCAAUCCAGCCCACCAGAGCUUCCAGAAGUGUUCAAUGAAGAGCGCUUGCAACAACAAGGAGCCAUCAUCUUACAACUUAUCGACCCUGACCAGACGCGGAGACCGACAGCUGAUGUACUGCUCAAGAGCGGCGUAGUACCGGAGCCCCUUGAAGACGAAAAGUUCCAACGCUACAUUGAGCGGAUGGCGACAGACAACCCUAAGGAAUAUCAAGCGCUUAUCAGCAGACUGUUUGCCAAUCCCAAUAACCCUGUUUCAAGUCUCGCCUGGGAAGAUAAGUCGGGGACCGCAAAUCCUUCUGCCGAAUUGAUGCUGUGGAUGUCCACUUGCGAUCACCUCAAAGCGAUUUUCCGCCGACACGGUGCAGCUGAAGUAGGUCGCCAGGCUAUCAUACCCAAAGCUGACUUCUACCGUAACGCUGCAACCUUCCUUGACUCCUCCGGGCUGGUCUUACAGCUACCCUACGACCUCACGCUGCCGUUAGCACGUACCCUAGGACAAACGAGCCCUUCCUAUGGCAAGACAUAUUGCUUCGGGACUGUAUAUCGUGCCACCGUUGCAGGAUCGCAGCCCAAACAAUUCCCCGAAGUCGAUUUUGAUUUCAUUUCUGAAAGCGCAAAGGACCUGGCUUUGAAAGAAGCAGAAGUGAUCAAAGUGCUCGAUGAAGUUUUGACAGGAUUUCCAGCUCUCGCAACACACAAGUGGACGGUCCUCCUCAAUCAUGCUGAUUUGUUGGAUCUGAUCCUCACCUUCUGCCGGGUCAAGCCCUUGGAAGCCGCCAACGUGAAGCAAGCACUGUCGCACCUCAACACCCAGGGACACGCCUGGUCCAAGACGCGUGAAGAACUACGCAACCCUGCCAACAACGUGCCGGAGACCACUGUGGCAGAUUUGAAGCGAUUUAAUUUCGAAGGCGACCUCAAACAGGUGCGCUCCAAGCUGUCGAAGCUCUUUGGGAACUCCGACUACCUCAGCAAGGCGUUGCCACUGCUCGGGCGCCUCGAUGAGGUCGCCGAGUACCUCCAGCGGAUGGGGGUACAGGCGCAGAUCCUCAUCGCGCCACUCAGCAACAACUCCGAGUAUCUUUACCGGGGUUCGCUCCUCUUCCAAUGCGCGGAGAGCGGCACGAGAAAGGUGCUGGCCGUAGGCGGUCGUUAUGACGCCUUGGUCCAGGAGUAUCAGACCAAAUCAGAUAGAGGCAGUGUUCGUGCGGCGGGCUUCCGCCUCAACAUACUCGACCUCAUCAGCUACCUUCGUGGCCCCUCCUCGGCUCAUAAGUCGUCCAAGACGACGGGCUCCGCCGCGGAGUCGAAGCUCGCGACCAGGAGGAGCGAGAUCCUGGUCACCAGCUUCGACCCCAACGCAUUGAAGAGUUCGUGCCUGGAGGUGUUGUCGUUGUUGUGGGGCGGCGGCCUCGGUGCCGAGCUGUCGGAGGAGGUUCGAUCUGUGGAGGAGUUGGAAAGGGCUUACGGCAGCCAAAAUGCCGGGGGAUACUGGCUGGUGAUCGUAAGGGGAGGGGCCCUCGGGGAGAGGACGUUGAAGGUCCGGGGCCCUUCCCGCUCAGAAGACGAGGUGAAGGCCGUGGACUUGGCGGGCUUUCUGCGCCUGAAGAUGGCCAAGGGGAGAUGA